AUGGUUUUGCUUACCACCAUCAAAAACUUUUUUACCACCAUCGGAGACUUUAUCAAAGACUUUGUAUGGCCUGGGUCUUCUGAGGCCGAGCCUGUUUCAGUCAGAGUGCCCAAGAGAUGGUUCAAGCUGAUUUUAAUGCUAGGCGUAGCUGGUUAUUUUGUCUGGAAAUGUAUUCAGCUGGCAAGCACCGAAGUAUCUGUAAACAUUUCUCGGGACAAAGUUGAUUCAAUCCCGAUGCCUAUUUUAGAAUUCUAUUCCGAAUAUAACUUUACAGUCACUUGCACCAUAGGAUAUAUGAACAAAAGCUUUAGUACGCUACCCGAUUUUGGUCCAAAUAAAAUUGACACCCUCAACAGAUAUGUGGCAAGAUUCAAUCAAAAUUUAGCUUUUGGAAUCCCGAGUGUCGAGCUUGAUGGGACGAUGAGUUCAAUUGAAUUUGAUAUUACUAUAUAUGAUCAGUUUUAUUCAGUUGAUUCAGAAGCUCGAAUACAAGUGAACAUGUUUGAUUCCGACACGGAAAAAAUUUACAAUUCACCGGGAACCCAGCCACCAGUCGUGUCUGAUUAUGUGGCCACGUUGUUCAAUGCUAAUCUAUACAAUAUAGCUAAAGGCUUUAACUCCGAUAUCGGCAUUGAGCGCUCUCUCCGUAAGGUCCUCCUUCCAAAUGCACGGAAUAUCAUUGUCAGACAGGCUACUCACGUUGGCAUAAAUCUGCUGGCGACCAGACUCGCUCCGGUUCCGCUUACGCUUGCUACUUCCGAAAUCACAACUUAUGCGACUGUCACUGUCCACCCCACGUCUUAUAUAGUUGUAACGGAAACUGAAAGUUCUAACUUGACACUGCUCGACGUAUUAAGUGCGGUAGGUGGUAUAUAUGGUCUACUAAUGACAGUCUAUGUAAUACUAUUUGGCACUGACAGAGUGGGAGCGCCUUGGGGUUUGUACCAAAGGAUACCUUCCGUCAAAAGGGAUGUCAGGAAAGAACUUACUGUGCUAGCAGAAGCCGGUCUAUUCAAAGGUUCGUUAAUCCACAAAACCGGUGCGAAUCCAGAAGCAAACAAUGAAGAAAUCCCAGAGAAAGAAGAUUUGACGCUGCUGUCAGAAACAGCUAAUAGAUCAAAUGUCUUAUCUUUAGUAGCUGCAAUGGAAAAGAGACAAAUUGCACUUGAAACCUUUUUGAAGGAUUACGUUUUAGAAGUAGAUUAUGUUUAUAAGGAAUGA